AUGAAAAACUCAUCGAUUAUUAUACUGGAGGCCUUUUACGGAAUGGAGGGUCUUAAAUACCUUUAUUUCAUGAUCUUUUUCAUGUUGUACAUGUUUGUACUGUUUGCAAACACCACUGUGAUUUUUGUCGUAAUUAGCAACAAAGUGCUUCAUAAACCUAUGCACAUAUUUCUAUGUCACCUGGCUGUGAAUGGCAUCUAUGGUAGCACAGCUUUGCUUCCCCCCUUGCUGGGUACUUUAAUGUCUCCUUCUCAUGAGAUAUCUUUGGCAGGCUGUAAGGCUCAAACUUACUUCCUGCACACAUAUGCUAUCAUAGAGUUCACCAUUCUGUCAGUCAUGUGCUACGAUCGCUAUGUGGCCAUCUGCUACCCACUGCAGUAUCACGCUAUCAUGACCAUAACAAAAGUGUGUAAACUAAUAGCUUUCUCAUGGGGAUAUCCUUUAGUGGCAUUCGCUUUGUUUUUUAUUCUGACUCUGCGCUUGGCAAUCUGUAGAAACAUUAUAGGGCGAGUUUACUGCUCCAACUAUUCUCUUGUCAAACUGUCUUGUGAUGACACAAAUGUUGUGAGUGCCAUUGGACUGCUUUCUGUUGUUGUAUACACUUUUCCUCAGCUUGCGAUGACUUUCUAUUCAUAUGGACAUAUUCUUAAAAUAUGCUUUACUGCCACUAAAGAGUCUAAAAUAAAAGCACUGAAGACCUGCACUCCACACUUAUUUGCAAUUCUGAACUACAGUGUGGGAUGUUUUUUUGAAAUUGUACAAAGUCGCUUUGACACAAGUUAUCUCCCAUUUGAAACACAAAUAUUUAUGUCACUUUAUUUCUUGAUAUUUCCUCCAAUUCUGAAUCCAGCCAUUUAUGGGCUGAGUGUUCAGGCUCUGAGAGGCAAUAUUUUUCGACUUUGUGGCUCUAGGAAUAAGUUACUGCCUUUAAAGUAG